AUGAAGACCCAAUAUCCCCUGAAUGGCAGACGUCCCCUCUUUCCAGACGAUAGUCUGGACUAUCAUUACACUAGAGCGAAAAUGGUUGGACUGGGCAUUUCAACUGUACGCGAAAUUGUGACUCAGGUUUGUGAACUAAUCGUUGAUUGUAUUUGACAAAAAUGUGUUAUAAAGCACAUGCCAUCUAUCGAGCAGGACUUAAAGAUCAGAUGAAGGAAAUGAAUGACAGGUGGCAGUUUCCUUUCUGUUGGGCUGCAAUUGAUGGUUGCCACAUUCCGAUUAAAUGCCCACCAGGAGGAGCCGCCUCAUGUAAAGAAUACCAUAAUUUUAAAAACUGUUAUUCUGUGGUGUUGAUGGCCAUGGUAGAUUUAAGAUAUAGGUUUAUUUGGGGCAGCUGCGGCUUUCCGGCUAACUCUCAUGAUGCCAUCAUCUUCAGGCUACGAUCUCUGGGAAAAGUUAAAAGAACAGAAUUUUCUCCCAGAUAUUGGACUUAA